AUGGCUAGUGAAAGUGAAUCAGCGACAGAUCCAUGUAAGAUCAAAGGAGUUCUUGUUCAUGGAGGAAGAUAUAUACAGUACAAUGUUUAUGGAAACUUGUUUGAAGUCUCGAACAAGUAUGGUCCUCCUAUUCGACCAAUCGGUAGAGGAGCAUACGGCUUUGUCUGUGCUGCAGUAGAUUCAGAGACGCACGAAGAAAUUGCGAUAAAGAAGAUUGGUAAAGCCUUUGAGAAUAAAGUCGAUGCUAAAAGGACCUUGAGAGAGAUUAAGCUACUUCGUCAUUUGGAACAUGAGAAUGUUGUCACUAUAAAAGAUAUCAUAAGACCUCCAAAGAAGGACAAGUUCGUUGAUGUUUAUAUAGUUUAUGAGUUAAUGGAUACCGAUCUUCAUCAGAUUAUUCGAUCUGACCAACCCUUGAAUGAUGAUCAUUGUCAGUACUUCAUGUAUCAGAUUCUACGCGGACUCAAAUACAUACAUUCAGCAAAUGUCUUACAUCGUGAUCUUAAGCCGAGUAAUUUGCUUCUGAAUGCAAACUGUGACCUUAAAAUUGCGGACUUUGGAUUGGCAAGGACGACAUCUGAAACAGAAUUCAUGACAGAGUAUGUUGUAACACGAUGGUACCGAGCACCUGAGCUGCUUCUUAGUAGUUCAGAGUACACAUCUGCAAUUGAUGUCUGGUCUGUUGGUUGCAUAUUUGCUGAAAUCAUGACAAGGGAACCUCUAUUCCCGGGGAAAGACUACGUCCAUCAGCUUAAACUUGUAACCGAGUUGAUAGGAUCACCUGAUGGAGCGAGCCUCGAGUUUCUUAGAAGCGAGAAUGCAAGAAAAUACAUCAAAGAACUACCAAAGUUCCCAAGGCAGAACUUUUCAACUAGAUUUCCUAGUAUGAGUUCUACAGCUAUCGAUCUACUGGAGAAAAUGCUUGUGUUUGAUCCAGAAAAGCGUAUCACGGUUGAGGAAGCACUGUGUCAUCCUUACUUGUCAGCUCUUCAUGACCUUAACGACGAGCCUGUUUGCUCCAACCAUUUCAGUUUCGAUUUCGAGAACCCGUCUUCCACUGAAGAAGAGAUUAAGGAGCUCGUGUGGCUAGAAUCCGUGAAGUUCAAUCCGACCAUUUAA